UUUAAAAAUACGAUAAUCUUGUUUUGUCAUGAUAAUAUAACUGUAGAGUGGCAUUCAGGUCUGGCCUCUGCCGUCAUGCAUUUAAAACAUCGCUAUUCUCGUUUUCAUUUUACCAAAAUAUAGACAGACAGGUGCAUCGGAGAGAUCCCGGUACAUUGCUCAGGGCCUUUGUCCCACCCAAAAUUUGGAAACCACCCUCCCCCUAAUGCUGGCUAUUUGUUUUCUCAGGCUGUCAUAGGUGUGGCAGUGCAGCGACUGUCAAGCAAGUAAUUGACUUUUUGAGAAAUAUUUUUGAAAAGACAGAGAGGGAAAGAAAGGAGAAGGGAAAAGGGGGGGGUGAGGUGUUGGGGGCGGGGGGUCUUCAUGCAUGCCUUGCAGAUGUGGGUGUGUUCCGUUAAAAACAAAAAAAAAAAAAAAAAGGUACUCGAAGCACCUCCUACAGCAAGCGAGCUUAGGGCUCACCUACAAGGUUGCUGUUUUUUUUUAACGUUAUUUAAUUCCCUAUUCGCACGUUUUUGAGAGAGACAGAGAGAGAGAGAGAGAGAGAGAGCGCCGAUCGGCGGGACUGAGGAAGGACACUGCCGCCGCCGGUGAGCUCGCCAUGGCUCGGGCUUCGUUCGCCGCCGUUAGCCUCCUCUUGCUGCUGGCGUUGCUGGUUUUUGAAGCUGAGGUUGAAGCCAGAAGACGUACGAAACCCAGACGAAGAAAAAGAGAAUGGAUUCUUCCGCCUACAAAGUUGCAAGAGAACGUGGACUACACGAAAAGAGAAUUCAUUGCUAAAAUUCGAUCUGACAAAGACGACCUAGACGCCGUGAUAUACUCUCUGACGGGGGCCGGAGCUGACAGCCCGCCGUUUAACUUGUUCGUCGUCAACUCGACGUCUGGAUUGGUGAAAGUAACUGAUAUUUUGGACAGGGAAAAGUGUGCAAUGUACAAUUUGACCGGCAUUGCCAGACACAAGAAUGGCACGCUAGCAGAAACAGACAUCGACCUGCGCAUUCGAGUCAUUGAUCAAAAUGAUAACCCCCCUCAAUUUCAUAAGAAAUUUACUGGAAGUGUGAAUGAAUCGAGUACUGAAGGUACCUACGUCACGGAAGUAUCUGCAACAGACGGUGAUGAAGAAGGGACAAUCAACGCAAAGAUCGCAUUCAACAUCAUUCAUCAGGAUCCAGAGGAUGACGGAAUGAAGUUCUACGUUGAGAAGAAUUCUGGGAAGAUUUUUGUCAAAGAACCCAAUCUUGACCGAGAAGUCUUUGACUUCUACACUCUGCUAGUAACGGCAACAGAUUUGGACGGUGCGCCAGGUGGCAACGUUGCAACAGGAACAGUUGAGAUUAAGGUCUUGGACAUCAACGACAACCCGCCGAGGCUAGAGAAAGAACAGUAUUCCGCCAACAUAGACGAGAACGCUGCUGGCAUAGAGGUGAUGAGGAUCAAAGCGCUGGACGACGAUGUAAAAAAUACCGACAACUGGCUGGCGAAGUUUAAGAUCACGAAGGGUAAUGAUGAAGGCCAUUUCACAAUCGAGACAGACCCUGACACUAAUGAAGGCGUCCUAAAGCUGGUGAAGCCAUUAGAUUACGAGCAGAUGCAAGAUCUUGACCUGGACGUGUCUGUGGAAAACGUGGCACCGCUCGUCGCCGGGGCAGCACCCGACAUUGGCCUUGGCCUUGACCUUGACCUUGACCUUGACGCUGACGUCGAUGCCGACCUCGACCUCGAUCUCGACUUGGAUCUCGAAGGUGCGGGUGGCGCUGGAGCCGGGGCGGGUGGCGCUGGAGCCGGGGCGGGGGCGGGGGCAGGGGCGGGGGCGGGGCCCGCGGCCAGGGCGGGGGCAGGGGCGGGGGCCGGAGUCGGUGCCGGAGCAGGAGUGGGACCAGGAGUGGGACCCGGCAAAGGCAAGGGAAAACCCAAAAAGCCCAAAAAAAAGCCGAAAGGUAAAAGCUACCCCAUUAAAAUCAAGGUCAACGACCUGCCGGACGGCCCGACCUUCAGCCCCUCGGAGAUGCCGGUUCCCGUCUCGGAGGACCCGGAGGACAUCGUGAUCCCCAGCGUGAUCGCGACGUACCCGGCGCUCGACGGAGACACAGGAGCGCUCGCCGAGAACGUCAGGUAUGCAAAGGGAUACGAUCCUGACAACUGGUUAUCAAUUGAUGAAAAGACUGCAGAAAUAAAACUAAUCAAAAGGCCGGAUCGGGAGUCUCCGCACCUGGUUGAUGGAGUAUACUAUGCAAAAAUUCUCUGUUUGACACAAGAUAUACCCCCUAAAACCGCCACGGGAACCAUUGCUCUGAACGUGCAGGACUCCAACGACCACUGUCCCCGGCUCGUCAGCACGCACGAGUCCCUGUGCACGGAUCAGAAGUCGGUGUACGCCACGGCGCUGGACGAGGACGCCCAUCACAACUCCGCGCCCUUCGAGUUCCUGAUAGUGCCCGAGGAGACCACGGGAAAGUGGGACGUCGAGAAAGUGAACGACACAACGGCACUGCUGACAUCCCAGGAGAUCUUAUGGCCAGGCUCCUUUGAAAUCACACUCGAGAUUAAGGACAAGCAAGGCGUGGCCUGCCCCGACAAGCAGGUUGUUCGGCUGGAUGUGUGCACCUGUACGGAGGGGGGAAUCUGUGGCCCCCAAAAACUGAGAACAGAAGUCACCCCUAAGCUUGCAGGGCUGGGUAUAGGAAUACUCGUCCUAGGCUUUGUGGCACUGCUCGCGGUGCCUAUUCUGCUGACGUUCUGCUCCUUCGGAAAGGCCGCGUCGGGCCUAAUCCCGGGUGGCUUUGCCGAUCUGCCCAUGGACGCGAAGGAAUAUCUGAUUCCGUACCACACGGAAGGAAAAGGGGAGGACAAGGAGGUCCCUCUUCUAAGCGCGCCGUUUCCGAUAGCGAAUCACGAGGCGCCGAUAGUGGCGCAGAACCUCGCCAAAACGUCCGCCGCCAGAACGCAGCUGAGCCUGGCGGACGGGCUGGGCUUCGGCAACGAGGACGGGCUGCUGGACCUGGCGCAGGCGCUGGACGCGGACUCCUACGGGAGCCUGCAGAGGCGCGCCGGCGGCUUCCAGCAGAGGGGGGGGGCGGCGGAAGUCGGGGCGCAGAGAGAGGAGUACGAGAGAGCGCCCGCGUACGCUGCUUUCGACGAGUACGACGAGGGCCCCUACCCCGACAUGUCCCUCCCCGAGGAGUUCCUGGACGACUACUACUCGCAGAAAGCAAACUGUGCCACCGAAGGCUUUCACCAGAGGGAGAGCUUGCUGGUCUAUAAGGAGGAGGGAAAUGGGUCUCCUGCUGGGUCAGUGGGCUGCUGUAGUCUCCUGGACAUGGACGAUGACCUGGAGUUCCUCAACGACCUGGACCCAAAAUUCAAAACCCUGGCUACUAUCUGCAGACCUCCAGUUAUCGAAUCCGAAUUCGCUUUCGAUUUUCCAGAGCCCAGAGUCGAGCCCAGAGUCGAGCGCAGAGAGACGGUCCACACCAAUUUCUCAAGCGAGGAAGUGCUGCCCCAGAGAACCCACAGCUUGUCAAGCUCAAUCCCAUCCAGCCCCAUUCAGCGUUCCGCCAGAAGUCAUUUCUCUACCCUGCCCCAAAUGAAAACCUAUGAGAAUGUAAUCGUAUCAAGUCCAACGUACCUCAUUCAGCAGCCUGUUUAUUAUGCGGCCGCGCCCAUGCUGCAGCCCGUGCAGUACGUGAUGGAGCCCCAGGUGCAGGGCAUGUACGUGAUGAGCAACGCUCCAAUGGCCGAGAACGUGGUGUUGCAGGAGCGGACGGUGAUCGGGGGUCCCACCAUGCACGGCGGGGUGAUCGGGGUGCAGCAGGGUACCUUGAACAGGGGCGAGAACAUUGUGUUGGUGGAGAGGCAGGUGGGCGCGGGGCAGGUGGUGCGAGAGGGGGUAGCCGGGCACAACCAAGGGGUGGUGCUGGUGGAGGGUGGAGGGCAGGUGCUGCAGGGGGGUCAGUCGUGGAUCCAACAAGGUACCCUACAGAGGGGCACCAUCUCUGGGUCUCAGAAAAUCCUGCUGGUGGAAAGAGGAGGAGCUGGAGGCCAGGUUCUGGGGAAUCCAGUCAGCCCUCAGCAGAUAUUAGUGGGAGGUCCAGCUGGGUUGUCUCCAGGGUCUGUGCAGAUGACUAGCCCAGAGAACGCGUUCGAUUUUGAGAGGCAGGUGAGAAGUGCCCAAGUGGAGCCAGAUCCUGUUGUACAAAAUGGUGUGUUCAGAGUGCAGGAGGGUACCUUAAAAAGCCACGAGAAUGUAAUGCCGUUUGAUCCAUCUGAACAACAGAUACCUCUUGCCCAGAGACAGGGGGGCAGUGAACAGGGGAUGCACGAGGAUAUUUCUAAGACAGCUGAAGAAAAGAGAAGAUUAUUUUCAUUACAGAAUAGGGAUCCAAGGCAGGCUGCACUAAUUAGAAACCAACUAUUGGAGGAUGAUAGUGAACAAGUGGAUGAAUUGUUCAUGGAAAGGCCUAUUGCUUCAAACCAGGUGUUUGGGGAUGAUGAGCUGGAGUUAACGCUGGAAAGUUUAGUGUUGCAUAAAGUUACUCCAGAAGAAUUUCCUGGAUCUUUGCAAGAGGAGAGGGUGGCAGACGUUUUUGAGGAGGAUGAAACAUCAUUGUAUAAAGCCCAGGAAGAAGACACAUCUGAAUUGACUCAAGGUAAGUUAGAGGAAAUAAAAGUUUUUCAAUCUGUAAAUGAGGAAAUUUUGGAAAUGGAAGCUAGUUCUGUCCAAGCCCAAGAGGAAGACAUAGCUGAGGUUACUGGGGAGACUUUGGAGGAUGAGGAGAUAGCAGAAAAGGAGUCUCAACCAGCUGAGGAAGAAAAACCAUCUGGAUUAACUGAAGGAAAGUUAGAAGAAUCUCUGAAUGAGGAAAUUAUGGAAACCAAAAGGAGUUCUGCUGAGGUUCAGGAGGACGAUGUAUCAGAGGUAGUUGUGGAAAUAGUACAAGAUGACUCACCUGGGUCUGCAGAUAAGGAUGAUAUCUCAGAGGCAGUUGAGGGAACUUUAGAAGAAUCAUCUGCAUCUCCAGUUGAGGAGAUAGCAAAGGGAUCAAUUGAAUUCCACCAAGUUGAGGAGGAAAACACACCUGGAUUAUCAGAAAAAAGGUUAGAAGAAAUUGAUGAGGAAGUUGUGGAAAUGGAAGCUAGUUCUAUCCAGGCUCAGGAGGAGGACACGUCAGUGGCAACUGAUGGGGAAUUAGAACAAUUGAAUGGGUCUCAAAAUGAGAGGAUAGCAGAGGAAGUGGUUCAGACACAUCUAUCUGAAGAAGAUGAAUCUGAUUUAAAUGAAGGAAAGAUUGAGGAGGAAAAAAAUGUUGAAUCUCUGAAUGAGGAAAGUAUGGAAAGUGAUAUAAGUUCUGACCAGGUUGAGGAGGAUGAUACAUCAGGAGUAGCUGAGGAAACAUUAGAAAAAGAAACAUCUGGAUCUCCAGAUGAUGAGAUGGCAGAGACGGUAGUUCAGACACACACAGCUGAAGAAGAAAGUACUUCUGACUUAACUCAAGGAAAGUUAGUGGAGAAUGAAGUUUCUGAAUCUCUGAAUGAGGAUGUAGUGGAAAUGGAAGUUAGUUCUGUCCAGGUUGAGGAAGAAGGUAUGUCCGAGGUAGUUGAGGAAAUGGUAGAAGAAGACUUAUCUAGAUCUCCAGAUGAGAAGGUAGCAGAGAAUGUGGUUGAGUCUAGUCAUGUUGAGGAAGAAGACACAUCUGAAUUAACUAUAAAUUCAGAGGAGAAAGAAGUUUCUGAAUCUCUGAAUGAAGAUGUUGUGGAAAUGGAAGUUAGUUCUGUCCAGGUUGAGGAAGAAGGUAUGUCUGAGGUAGUUGAGGAAAUGGUAGAAGAAGACUUAUCUAGAUCUCCAGAUGAGGAGGUAGCAGAGAAUGUGGUUGAGUCUAGUCAUGUUGAGGCAGAAGACACAUCUGAAUUAACUAUAAAUUCAGAGGAGAAAGAAGUUUCUGAAUCUCUGAAUGAGGAUGUUGUGGAAAUGGGAGAUAAUUCAGUUCAGGUUCAGGAGGAGGAAACUGCAGGGGUAGAUGAAGAAAUGUUAGAGGAAGGAGAAUUGUCUGGAUCCCUGAAUAAGGAUGGAGUGGAGGUGGAGACAGUCAUGGGGGAACGCACACAGGAGGAGGGAGAAUUAGCUGGAUCAAAAAACAAUGAUCUCACAGAGACUGAGGUUAUUCCUGACCAAGAAGAAGAGGCUGAACUGAGGUCUGAAUCACAAAACGCUGAGAGAGUAGAUGCUACAGACACAGAGAUAAUAGAGGAGAAUAGUUCAGAGGUGAGCAAAGUGACAUUAGAGGAGGGUGAGGUAUCUGAGUCUCAGAACAAAGAGGAGAUACUUGAGGAAACCAUAGAUGGUUCAGAAGAGACCCAGGUGGAAGAGUCAACUCAGUUAAGUCUGAUAGAUGAAGAAAUGUCUGCCUCAAGCAAUGAUGCAGUGUUGCAGACGGAGCAACUCAGUGGUCAACUGAACGUAGAAACUGAGCCAAGCCAAGCCACUGCUGAGCAGAUACUCAAGGAAGACAUUUCAGGGUCUGAAUCACAGAAUAUUGAUGCAGUCAAGACUGAAGUUGAGUUGGAUGAAACACUUGAAGGGAGUGAACCAGCCCAGGGAGCAGAAUUUACUGCCCAUGGAGAGUCAGAUGAAGGUUCAGUCAGUGCUGGGAAAAUAUUAGAAGGGUCUCCAGAGCCUGAUUCCCAGAAUGUUAAAAAUGUGGAUAGUGAUGUUGGUUCUUUCCAGGCAGUAGAGGAGGAUCCAUCAGAGCAAACCCAGGAGAUUUCGAAAGCUGGUGAAACACUAGGACCACAGGUCAAAGAGGUGGAGGAGAGUCAAGCACCUGGUGAUCAACCAUUGGGAGAUUUGGGAAAAGCUUCUGGAGGCAAAUCCAAACGUCAGAAGAGUCUCAAAGGUCCCAAAGCGAAGUGCGCACAGCAAUGAGUAUUUUAAGGGCACAAUCUCAGAGCAAAGAAAAAGAGUGGAGUCAGUUCCUAUCACAGAGGUACCCAUGGGCUAAUCUGGCUGCAUUUACAGGAAAACAAACAGGCUGGAUCACAGAGCUUCCUGUGAAGGGAUUACUUCCGGUCAAUUAAUUGUUACAGAAGUGAGGCUUGGGCAGCACCUGGGGCAAAGCAGGCAGACAACUGGUUGGGGUAGGAGGAGUUCACUUUGUGGAGGUGGAGGGGGCGGGGGGUGGCGGAUGGGCAAGCUUAACACAAGGGAUUUUACUGUAGGGCAAAAUGUCUGACUUGUGACUGACAAGAAAUUAUGCUAAUGGUUGGGAAAGGGGGUUGGUAUGAAAGAUGAUUCCUGUCAGACAUGCAGCUAAUGCCUCUGCCACAAAAAAAAGCAUCUCUGGGUUUCAGAACGUCUUGCAAGUGGAAGUGGGAUUCCGGGGGACAGGGGGGA